AAUCUCUCCUCGGUGGUGUAAGUAACAUCGACGUUGGUUUUCAGCAACAACAUGCAGAGUGCGCUGGAAUAAUAUCCGAGAGGCGUACCGAAAGAGCAUUAAGCGAGAAGCGACAAGUAGCGGCCAGGCAGCCCUAGAGUGUGCACGUUAUAAAUUUUCUCACAUCUUAAACUUCUUGUGGCUGCAAAUGGAGCGGAGGCCGACGAAAGGAAACCUGACAACCCCCGAAAAUGAAUUGGAAACUGACGUGUCCACCAUGGACCGCGGUGAGGAGGCUACGGACAGCGGGACGCCUCCCGAGCUGUCGCCAGGUUGUAGCACAGGGACACCUGGAAGAAAGCGACACGAUUCAGAAACGGACGAGGAACACAACGAAGUCACGAAGAGGAGAAAACUGAUCGAAAAAUCCAUUGAACAAGUUUCAAAGUAUCUCAAACUAAGAACAGAAAUGUUGGAAAAAAAAAAGAGAAAGAGAGAGUGCGAUGAAGUACAGUCAAUGAUGGCUGGAACAUUCCCAAUGCUGCGACAAUUUUCGAGGGAGGGAUUUUUAGAUUUUUACAACAAAUAUUGUACACUAUUGAAGGAUGAAUUAAAAAAAGACGAAAACCAAGCACAGAAAUAAAUUUUGAUUUUGGAAUUGA